AUGGUCUUCGGAGUAGGGUUGCUGGUCAAUGCGAUCCUUAUAGCCAUUCCAGUCGGGGGAAGUGUCGGAGCUCUCAUGGGCCUUGAUGCCCACCGAGCUGCUACGGGUCAGAAACCUUUGUUCACCGGGGAUCAUGAUGAUGGCAUUAAUCCUGGCAACGGCAACGGCAACGGCAACGGCAACGGCAAAGGCGGCGACAGUACUGGCGGCGGUGGUGGCGGUCAUCCCACUGUCACAAACAACGGCGUGGAGCAUACCUUGUACUGCGAUUUGUCUUGGGGAAUCACCCCGCCGUCGAAAACAGAACAAUACACCCUGAAUCCCAACCAAUGGGGUGUGACAUCAGAAUCGACAGGAAACGGGCUUUGCAUGAAUAUCACGACGUUAGUCAAUCAGACUUAUGCCGCCAAAACCGCUCCCGAGUUCUCUGUCACCUGGCAAUAUGACCCGGCUCCUAAGACUGCGCCUGUCCACGGAUACCCGAAUAUCCGGGUCGACGACGUGUUGCCAAAGGUGAUAGACGAGAUCUCAGAGUUGAAUCUUGAUCUACAUUGGACAUACGGCGUGGGUGACAAGACCGCCGCCUCGACGGACAUAGAAGCGUUGAAGAAAGAAAACCUUGCCACGAACGUCGCCAUUGAUAUGUUCAUGGACACCGAUGCCGACAAAGCAGAGAAUGGAACCGAAGCCAAAUUCGAGGUCAUGGUUUGGUUCUGGAUGUCAAACGAGGAGGCCCAGCCCCAUGGUUGGGGAGACCCGAAAGCCAAGAAGAUCGUGGAAGGAACAACUUUCAAACUCUACACCGAUAAAAAUGACAACGGACAGCAGGUUUUGUCCUGGGUCCCGGACAAGGCUGUCGAGCGGUUCACUGGAGACAUCUAUCCUUUCAUCACCGAGCUAUACAACAUGGAAGGAGAAGACUACCCAGCAAAAGACGACUACCUCGGCAGUCUCAGUUUCGGAACCGAAGUGUACUCUGUGAACAAGAAUGUUACAUUCUGGGCCGAGCAGUACAAGAUCGAUAUCCAGAGUUCAAGAUGA